CUCUGCAGUGUCUUGGCAGCUGCAUUAGUGCAUCUCCCACCGUCCGCGAUGCCUUCACGGCCAAUGCCUGCCUCCUCCGCGUGCACUUGACAGCAGAUAACCGACAUGAACUCGUCGGGGAACUGAGCCGGACAUCCACGCUAUCAUCUCGGUAUCUAUUUAUGCCCCGGAGACGGUCCGGAGCGCUUCAUUCACGCACCGAAACCCCGUGACGAGAAUUGUUAAUGGAAAAUGGCGAUAGGCAGAAGCUCUUGCAGCAUCGUCUGCUUGGUAUCUAUUCAGAUGAUCUUGAUUUUCAGCGCAUCGUGGCCUGGAGCGGAGGGUCUCACGUUCCCGCAGCAAUACACGAUAAUGCACUGGGCCCGGCGCAUCGAGCAGGAGAUUGACAGAGUGUUUCAACACAUCACUGGGGCUCAGCAGUUGAAAGGGAUUUACAACGAGGAGAGACGGCGGUUUACUCUGGUGAAGAAUCAGCCUCGAAAGAUAGUUGAGAGGGUGGCCUCAGACAUCGAGAAACUCCUGGCUAAGAAACGCAAAGCACUCGAUAGGUUAGCGAGUGAAGCAGAGCGGCUCCAGCGAGAGCAUCUUUGGCAGGAUGGAAUAAAGGAGCUGGACAUGGCUUAUUAUGACUCAAAGGCUGAACUGGAUUAUUACUCCAUGGACGGAGAAGGAGAGGUGGAGAAUCCUUCACACAUCAAGCUGGAGUUUGUGUACGAUCCGAACUUCAAAAACAACGUCAACUACUCGUACACAGCAGUUCAGAUCCCCACAGACAUUUAUAAAGGAGCUCCGGUCAUUCUGAAUGAACUGAACUGGACACAAGCUCUGGAGAAAGUGUUCAUGGAGAACAGUCAGGAGGAUCCGUCGCUACUGUGGCAAGCGUUCGGGAGCGCGACAGGUGUCACACGCUACUACCCAGCUACGCCAUGGAAAGCUCCUGAUAAAAUCGACUUAUAUGACGUCAGGCGGAGGCCCUGGUACAUCCAGGGAGCCUCAUCCCCCAAAGAUAUGGUCAUUCUUGUUGAUGUGAGCGGCAGUGUCAGUGGACUCACCCUUAAACUGAUCAAAGCCUCUGUGAUGGAAAUGCUCGACACUUUGUCUGACGAUGACUACGUCAACGUGGCAAGGUUCAAUGAGAAGGCUGAGGCUGUGGUGCCCUGCUUUAAACAUCUUGUUCAGGCGAACGUGCGCAACAAAAAGAUCUUCAAGGACGCAGUGCAGCAGAUGCAGGCUAAAGGCACCACUGACUACAAGUCUGGAUUUCAUUUUGCCUUCAACCAGCUGUUAAAUAAAACGAAUGUCCCUCGGGCGAACUGUAAUAAAAUAAUCAUGUUGUUCACUGAUGGAGGAGAGGACAGAGCUCAGGACGUCUUCAUGCAAUACAACUGGCCCAACAAAACGGUACGAGUUUUCACCUUUUCUGUCGGUCAACACAACUAUGAUGUCACCCCUUUGCAGUGGAUCGCAUGCACCAACAAAGGUUACUAUUUUGAGAUCCGUUCCAUCUGUGCUAUAAGGAUAAACACCCAGGAGUACCUCGAUGUGCUGGGACGCCCCAUGGUUCUGGCAGGCAGUGAUGCCAAGCAGGUUCAAUGGACCAACGUGUAUCAGGAUGCUUUGGGUCUUGGCAUGGUAGUAACUGGGACUUUGCCUGUGUUCAAUCUCACCAUGGAUGGAAACUCACAGAAUCAGCUGAUAUUGGGUGUCAUGGGAGUUGACGUGCAUCUUGAUGAGAUAAAGAGACUAACACCCCGAUACAAUCUUGGAGCCAAUGGAUACAUAUUUGCCAUUGAUCCCAAUGGAUAUCUUCUCCUUCACCCCAAUCUUCAGCCUAGGCUGGUGAACCUCCCUGAGCCUGUAACGCUGGACUUCCUGGAUGCAGAGGUGGAGGACAGCAAUAAAGAGGAGAUCCGGCGACAAAUGAUAGACGGGAGACCAGGUGAAAUGCAGGUCAAAACUCUUAUCAAGUCAAUUGAUGAGCAAUACAUCGAUGAGGUGUUCAGGGGUUAUACCUGGACUCCGAUCAAUGGUACAGAUUACAGUCUGGGUCUGGUAUUACCCCCCUACAAUGAAUAUUUCAUCCAGGCAGACCUGAGCGAUGUGAUGCUGCAGCUCCAGUAUAUGCAGUCACUGCUGCCCAGCUCCUUUGAGUCUGCAGGACAUGUGUUUCUGGCUCCAAGGGAAUACUGCAAACGCCUGCAGAUCUCGGAUAACAACACCCAGUUUUUGCAGAACUUCCUCUCGCUCAUGCUGGACAUUUCUCCAGAAUCUGAUGAGUGUGACCAAGGCCUCAUCCACAACCUCAUUUUGGAUUCUCGGAUCAUUGGGCAGCUGGCCUCUCGGGUUUGGAAGAACAAGGACUUGAACUCGUACGGCUUCCUGGCUGUGUUUGCUUCCACUGAUGGAGGAAUAACACGAGUAUUUCCCAAUAUAGCUGCUGAAAUAUGGGACGAGGAUCCUGAACCUUUCAAUUCAAACUAUUACAGACGGAGCCUCGACAACAAAGGCUACAUGUUCAGAGCUCCAUCCAGAUCAUCAAUGGAUGACCCGGUUGGUGCAGAAAAUGGAACUGUUGGAAUUCUGGUCACUUCAGCUGUUGAGGUUAAUUUAGGAGGAAAACUGCUCAAACCUUCAGUGGUGGGAGUGAAGUUGGACUUGGAGGCGUGGGUGGACAAGUUUAAGAUCCUGGCCAGCAACGUGUCGGACAGUCGACAGGGCUCACACAAGUGUGGACCGUCCAGAAGCUGUGAGAUGGACUGUGAGGUGAACACUGAUGACCUCCUCUGUUAUCUAAUUGAUGACGGUGGGUUCCUGGUUAUGUCCAAUCAGAGAGAUCACUGGAAAAAGAUUGGUCUCUUCUUUGGUGAUGUGGACCCUUACCUGAUGCACGCACUCUACAACAACUCAAUCUUCAACAGGCGUCAGUCUUUCCACUUCCAGUCUGCGUGUGAGCCAAUCACCAGCAGCCACACCGGUGCAGCACACAGGGGCAUCUUUGUGCCGUCCAUCGCUGACAUGCUCAGUAUGGCCUGGUGGACGUCGUCAGUGGCAUGGUCUGUGACCCAGCAGCUACUGUAUGGACUGGCCUACAACAGCUGGCUCUACCAAGAUGAUGUCCUGGUGGAAGGUUUUGAAACAAAGGAAAGCAGCUGUGUGACCAUCCAAAGCCAGUUUUACUUUACAAACACCACAAACUCCUACAACGUGCUGCAGGACUGUGGAAACUGCUCACGGCUGUUUCACGCCAAGCGGAUAGAAAACACAAACCUGCUGUUUGUGGUCGCUGAGACGCUCCCCUGCAGCUCGUGUGAGAUCGAGAGACUAACACAGGUCAAGACAGAGUUUCAGGAGGAGAAUCCAUGCGAAGUACUAAGCAACGCACGAUAUCGUAAAGGCCCCACUUCCUGCUUUGACUACAGUGCCUUAGAAAACACGUCAGAGUGUGGACGGGGUCAUGCUCUGCAGUCCUCCAUAGGAGUCCUUCUCUUAAUUCAGCUUAUUCUGCCUCUUUUUCAUCUCUGACACAUACUGAACAUACACUCCAACUGACAUCUUUCAUCUCUUUUGGUUCAGGCUCGGAUCUACUGAAGGUCAUGCCAAACAGCUACUGUUUAAAUCUUCUUUUGAUCUGCAGACAGCCCUGAAACGCAUUUGUGCUGAAAAGAAAAAGUGGAUCAGCUCUCAGUGUUUUUUGCCUUAUUGCACAUGCAUUCGUUGGUGUGUCAGGGCUUGAGGACAGAAUACGGAGAAUGUGUUUAGUGUGCAUGCCAGUUUAACUAGGACAAGCAUGCUUCAGAUUUAAGCACACAGGCUCAGCCAGGAGAACAAUCUUAAAAGUCAGGGAGGCAGCUGAAAUGUACUUUUAAUGGACCAAUGAGUAAUAACCCAGCUGAGGCAAAGCCAGUUCAAAUUUGAGGUUAGCGUGUUGGGGGUGAAAUUGUAAAAGAUCUAAAAACUCAAGUUAAUUUUACUUUUUGGUGAACAUGGUGGACGGAAGUAUCGAGAUCUUUAAUUGAUAUAAAGUUUCUAUACAAAAAUGCAGCAAUACAACCUAACAAGCAAGUAUUCAAAUUUAACUUAAAGCUCCUGUAAGAAAGUUUUCAUUUGACAGUAGGCUGGACUUAUCACAAUGCAUUAGAUCAUCAGAAUAAUGUUGUAACUCCUCAAUUUUCACUUGUCCUGCUGUUUGAUACCAUAAUCUAUUAUUUUACUAAAUCUUUACUAUGAAAGUGAAAAAAGCUACACUUGUCAUAUAUUCAAUUAAACAUAUUAAUAAUAUUGGGCGCGCUGGUGGUGCAACGGUUAGGGCGCGCGUCCCAUGUGUUGAGACUCUCAUCUCAAGCAGUAGACCC